AUGGAGCGUAUGAAGUUAGUCCUGCAGUACUUUCAGUCCAACUCUGAGUCCAUCUCCAAUGGAAUCUGUAUCAUCCUGGCCUUAGUCAGCGUCAAGCUCUAUACCAGCUUUGACUUCAACUGCCCGUGCCUUCCUCAGUACAACAAACUCUACUCUUUAGGAGUGAUGAUCGUACCGCCCAUCAUACUGUUCUUCCUGGGGGUCCUGGUCAACCGACAUACUGGCGUCAUGAUGGACGAGUGGAUGAGACCCAUUGGGAACAGAAUCAAAAAUCCUGCUGUUGUUAAGUACCUGUUCUCAGCCAUGCUCCAGAGGGCCAUGCUGGCACCGAUGGUGUGGAUCCUGGUCACUUUGCUGGAUGGAAAGAUCUUCAUCUGUGCCUUCAGUGUUAGUGUAGACCCCGCACUGUUCUCAGGUUUGCCCAACAAUACAGGUCUGGAUGUGAUCAGAGUCAUGGCCAAAGUGCCCUGCAAGGAGGACAUUAUCUUCACGAACAGCUCUUUCCGCAAAGCCGUCUCCCGUUAUGUUCGCUGCUAUUCACAAGCGGUCGGCUGGUCCAUCCUACUCUUCUUGAUUGUGCUAGGAGCGAUGGGACGCCUCGUCAAGCCCUACUUCGACGACCACGCCGCCUCCAUUCAGACGCGCUAUUGGAGCAACUACCUCGACGUGGAGCAGAAGCUCUUCGACGAGACAUGCGUCCUACACGCCCGCGACUUCGCCCGCAAGUGCGUGGUGCAGUUCUUUGAGGACAUGAGGGAGGACGCCGUGCUCCAUCUUCCCCACCCAGUCUUCAUUGCCAACUCCCAAAGGGACUGUGAGGACGACGAAGAGGAGAGACUUCACGGGGUGUCAAAGCAGGAACAGGUGGACCAGCUGCUUGAAAAGUGGUACUACGGAAAACCUGAGCUGGAUGUCACCAGGAUAGCCCACAGACCCAAAACUUGUGUUACCUGGGAGGACCGUAACGGGAAGACAUUAUACUCUGAUGUCUAG